CUGCCUGGAUAUGUUGUCAUGGAGACGCGGAUAGUGUUUGUCUCGGAUGAUGCAUAUGAUGCGUUACAGCACAUAGUUUCGCGUGAAGUCCACACGUGAAUUUUACACGUGUGUCUCUAUUAUCAUCUUCAUUUUUAGAAAAAAAAAUUCGUUUUUUGAGAUAAUAUGGCAUUGGAUCUUGAAUUGAGCAAGAUAACCGUUUCGUUGCAAGCAGAUGAAAAGAGUCGCCGCAGGCAAGCGUUGGAAGAGAUAAUGGAGAAUAUAUCUCGCGAAGGAACGUCGAACGAUGUCUUAGUUAAAAUAUGGGAGAGUGUGCACAAGCAUCUGAUCAGAAUGUUGAACGACAACACAGAGAUCUGUCGAGAUCUGACAGUGGGAAUCUUGCGAAUAUUUCUAGAUGCUCUGUCGCCCGACGACAAGUAUAUAAUCUACAUUAUACCGAUAAUGUCCAGACGCUUAGGCGUACAGGAACAGAUCGAGUCGUCGGAAGAAGUACGUUUGAAGUGCGUGUCGCUUUUGCGAAUCAUAAUACUGAAAUACAAGGACCUGUUGGCGCCGUAUAUUCCAGAUGUAACAGGAAUAGUGGUGCGUACUGUCAUGGACUGUUAUCCAAACGUGAAAAAGGAGAGUUGCAAGUGUAUAUCGGAUUACGCCAAGACCUUGUCGAGACAUUUCUACUCGCAGUCAGAGCAUCUGAUCAAACCUAUCUUGAGCAAUUUUACGCACCAGCAUUACAGAGUCCGACUCGCCGCUGUUGAAGCUAUAGGCGACGUGAUACGCCAUGGAAAUAGCAAGUCGAUGGAGGAAGUUGCGACCCCUUUGGCGCAGAGGCUGUUUGACCAAAGUGGAAUCGUUAGAGAAGCUGUAGUCCAAGUAUCGGGCCGUUGGUUGGCAGAACUGCCUGACAGAUACAGCUGGUGGCACAAACUUCUUCCUCUGAUCAUGACUGGACUGCAUGACGAACUAGCGGAGAUUCGCGCGAAAGCAUCAACGAUGUGGGAUGCUGCGGGGAAAAUAUACAUGGAGGAGAAUGAGAAUGAUGCCAAGUUGAAGGACAAAAUGGACUUUCUUACGGAAGACCCGGAACAUUAUCCUCCAGACAUUUCCAGACCGAAUUUAGGAUGUCGGAUGAUCGCACAGCAGAAUCUGUGUAAGCUUGUGAAUGGCAUCAGCGUCGAGCUCGGAGACUGGUUGCCAGACAUCCGAUUGCGUUCGGCACAAUUGCUCUGCGUGCUGAUAUUAAAUGUGGAAGAAGAUGUUACACAGCAUAUCGAAAAGCUUCUGCCGUCAAUGUAUCGCGCUUGCAACGACGAGGAUAAGAGAGUCGUGGGUUGCGUAGAAACCGCGGCGCGAUAUCUGGGCUACUUUGUGAAUCCUGAGAUUUACUGCCACUUGGUGCUACCGACCGUGGAGGAAUCCACGACAGCCGGACACUUGCGUGUCCUCGCGGCGAUUAUCAGCGGUAGCGAACCGAAAGCUCUCUCGUUACGAUUGGACACGAUCGCAAACUUCUUGCAGCAGCCGCACAUCUGCCGGAGCAAAAAUUAUCAACGUCAGCUGCUGUCCUGCUGCAACUCGCUUCUCGUCGUUUGCAAAGAGGACUGCGUCGCGAUUACUCGACCUCUUUUCGUCGCGAUAUUUACCGCACGCGCGAUGAGUGCGGAGGCCUGCAUUCGCGAGGAAGCAGACAGGCUCUUGGAGAUACUCGUUGGCAUAAACUCACCGAGGGACGUCGAAGAUUUCUUUCUCGAUCACACGGAGUCGAUGAUAACGUCCGUUCGCGACGAUUGCGCUUCGUGGUCGGUGUACAGCGCGGAAUCGCAAAUAUUCGCCGCCUGUCUGAGUCGCGCCGGAGCUGUGAUCGUGCGCAACCUUGACCUGGUGUUGCCUAUCCUCGAGAAAACCAUGGCCGAUGCCGACCCUGAGCUGAAGCUGCGACAUUUCAUUCUGUUGUCGGAAUACUUCUCCGGCAAUCGGAGUACUUUUCCGGCAAUCGGACGCGUCGCGAGUACCAUCAUCGAGAGGAUAGUUGCGCCGGGACUAGUUUGGACCGCCGGCAGAGCGGCUGAAGCUAUACGCACAGCGGCUGUCUGUUGCCUCAACGCGAUUCUACGGAACGUCCCGUCGAUGGAUGAAUCGCACCUCUCAUCCAUCCUGCCCGUUCUGAUCAGUCUGGCGGACGAUAAGGCGAAGAAGACCAGACUGUAUUCUAUACGCGCCAUUUGCUCGAUGGUUGCUCGGAAGCAGUCUCGUUUAACCGACGAACACGUUCACCGUGCGUAUCCGGUUUUGUUGAAAAGACUCGACGACGGUUGCGACGACGUUCGCUACGCUGCUGUGGAAGCGCUCGUGGAGGUAUGGAGCGCCGCGUCCGAGGAUUACGACGUCGUUCUCAGCAAGAGUCACAUCGACGCUGUCUACACGACGAUGAUUAUACAUCUGGACGAUCCGGAGUCUCACUUCCAAUUGAUAAUGUUGGACGCACUGAAACAAAUCGCGAGGAUUUCUCCAGAAUUAUUGUGUCCAAAAUUACACAAGUGCCGGCCAAAUUUUAGAAACAAAGCAGGCAUAGAUGCACUCUUGGAACACUGUCAGACUAUAUUGAGGAAGGAUUACGUCUCCAGGAAGAAUGCAUAGGAUGUAUAAAAAAUAAGCUAUUCCUUAAUCUGUUAUACAUUUAUAGGAGUCGCAAAAACUCUCUUUCUGAAUAUUCCAAGCAAUUAUAUUCCAAGCAAUUUUAGCAGUUUCUCUGAAAUAUUUUCUGUAUACAUAUCACAUACAUAUAUACUUGAGCGUUUGACCGCCUAUGUAAGAAAUCUGUUCAAAUGGAUAUGGUUAUAAUUAUAGUUUUGUAGAAGCGUUUCACCACUAGAUACCAACUGUAUGUUACAAUGGUUGUAUUUGUCAAGAGAAUAACGAGGAUAGAAUCGGAAUGUAUUCUACUCACAAAAGAAUAGGUUAAGGGAAGCGUCGUUCGAUUAUCGGUGAGACAUUAUGCUACUAACUGAUCGUAGAU